AUGGCACCUAUUUCUCUCACAGAUAUCAUCUCGGCCCUGCCGUCAGAGGAUUCAUGGGGCCCCCCAACCUCCACGGAAACCACAUUAAAUGGCGUACCAUACGCCCCAUAUUCCAAAGGCGACAAGUUGGGUCGCAUGGCAGAUUGGACAACUGAGGGCAAAGAUGGAAGGGAUGGUAGAGGUGGACGACAACAAUAUAACAGAAACUAUAGAGAUCAGCAAGUUUACGGUGCUGGAACUUCUUCCCUUUUCGCAGUUCAACUGGCCGAGGACGAAUCGUCCUUCUCCGUCGUAAGCAAUGUUCGCGAUUCAACAAAGACAAGAUUCGGCCGUGGUGGUGGAUUUGCAAGAGGUGGACGAGGUCAGCGAGGAGGGCGAGGGGAUACCAGAGGCGGUCGUGGACAGUUCCAGAGAGUUGGUGGAAGAGGUGGCCAACAAGGUUACAACAACUACAACGAUCGUGGAGGACGAGGAGGUGCUCGUGGUGGUAGAAGAUUUGGCUGGAAAGAUUAUGAUAAGCCACAGCGAAACCGCGAUGCGUCUGUCAAUAUUAAACCCGACUGGAAAAUGCUGGAGGAGAUUGAUUUCAACCGUCUGGCUAAGCUAAACCUUGAUACCGACGAUGGAGAGGAUCUCGAUAGCUACGGUUUCUUAUACUACUACGAUCGAUCAUACGAUAAGCAGGCUGUCAAGACUGCCGAGCGGAAACUCAACGUUGUUGAUCGCGCUGCAUACAAUGUCACAACCUCCUCAGAUCCUGUCAUCCAAGAGCUGGCUGAGAAGGACGAGGCAACAAUUUUCGCCACAGAUAGCAUUCUUUCAAUGCUCAUGUGCUCACCUCGUUCAGUCUAUCCAUGGGAUAUUGUUAUUGUUCGACAGGGUAACAAGGUUUUCCUUGACAAGAGAGACAAUGCUACCUUGGAUAUGGUUACCGUAAACGAGAAUGCCGCAGACGCACCAAUGGACGCUUCGGAAGGAAGCAAAGAUGCUAUCAACCAGCCAAGCGCUUUGGCUGAGGAGGCAACAUAUAUCAAUCACAACUUCUCAAACCAGGUUAUGUUGGAAAAUGAGAACCAGAAAGUUGAGAUGGCUCACGAGAAUCCUUUCUACAACCCAGAAUCCGAGUCUGAGCCACCUGCUAGCAAGGCGUAUAAAUACCGUCGUUUCGAUCUCUCGCUUAAUGAUGAGGAUCCAGUUCACUUGAUUGUACGAACAGAACUUGAUGCUGUUCAAAAGAAUGCUAUCAGUGGUGAGGAUCAAUUCAUUACUGUCAAGGCGUUGAAUGAAUUCGACCACAAGGCACAGGGAAGCGGUGGUGCUCUUGACUGGAGAACAAAGUUGGUCAGUCAACGUGGUGCUGUCGUUGCAACGGAAAUGAAGAACAACAGUUGCAAACUUGCAAGAUGGACGGUCCAAAGUAUUAUGGCUCGUGCUGAUGUCAUGAAACUUGGAUUCGUUUCCCGAGCAAACCCAAAGACCAACGACAAGCACGUUGUUCUCGGCGUUGUCGGAUGGAAACCACGCGACUUUGCAUCUCAGAUGAACCUGAGCUUGUCAAAUGGAUGGGGUAUCGUCCGUACAAUCGCUGAUAUGUGUCUCAAGCGUGACGAGGGUAAGUAUGUGUUGGUCAAGGAUCCUAACAAGCAAAUUUUGAGAUUGUACGAGGUACCGAUGGGCAGUUUCGAGGAUGAUGGGGAGGGCGAAAUUAUUGACGAGGCGGCUGAGGAAGAGGAGUAG